GAUUCUGUCAAAUCGAUAUCAAAGCAAAUGGCGGAGGAUUUGGUCUCGUUUUACCACGGCAACGAGCCUGGCCAGACGCCUGGCCUCCUGCCCGAUCCGUACUAUUGGUGGGAGGCUGGCGCUAUGAUGGGGACGCUCAUCGACUAUUGGUAUUAUACCGGGGAUGAGACUUACAACAACCUGACCAAGCAGGCCCUCCUCUUCCAGGUCGGCGAGACCAAGGAUUACAUGCCGAGGAACCAAACCCGAACCGAGGGAAACGAUGACCAAGGCUUCUGGGGCCUCUCCGUCAUGUCGGCCGCCGAAUACAAGUUUCCCGACCCGCCUCCUGAUCAGCCACAGUGGCUGGGCCUCGCCCAAGCCGUCUUCAACACUCAAGCCGCUCGCUGGGACACGGAGCACUGCGGAGGCGGCCUUCGGUGGCAGAUCUUUACGUGGAACAAUGGCUAUGACUACAAGAACUCCAUCUCUCAAGCAUGCUUCUUUGCUCUGGGAGCAAGACUGGCUCUGUAUACCGGCAACACGAGCUACUCUGACUGGGCCGAAAAGACGUGGGACUGGAUGAUUCACACGAAACUCAUCAACACGACCAACUGGUACGUCUACGACGGCGCCGGAAUCGAGACCAACUGCACCAAACUCACCCCCUACCAAUUCACCUACAACGCCGGAGGCAUGAUUCUCGGAGCCGCCGCCAUGUACAACUUGACCGAGUCGCAAACCUGGAAGGACCGCUUGGACAACCUCCUCGAAGGGGCCAAAGUCUUCUUCACUGGACCCAAGAACAACAUCAUGUCGGAAGUUGCCUGCGAAUCGGUCAACACGUGCAACGUAGAUGAGCACUCGUUCAAGGCCUACCUGACCCGCUGGCUUACCAUGAUGAUCAAAUGGGCCCCUCACACGUAUGACACCAUCAGUCCCUACCUCCGUGCCUCGUCGAUCGCCGCAGCGAAGCAGUGCCAGGGCGGCGACAAUGGACGCAUGUGUGGCCUCAUCUGGUACGAUGGCAAAUACGACGGAUCGACUGGAGUUGGCCAGCAGAUGGCGGCCCUGGAAAUCACAAUGUCCAACUUGAUCCAGAAUAGCAGCGCGCCGGUGACUGCACACAGCGGAGGCACCAGCAAGGGAGAUCCAGGCGGUGGUGGUGAUGACAUUGGCCGGAACCAGCCCCCAGGACCCAGCUACGGACCCAUCAACGGAGGCGACAGGUUUGGGGCUGCCAUCCUCACGCUGCUCGUCAUUGGCACCGUGGUCGGCGCCAUGUUCUUCAUUUUCCUCGACGAGACCUCACCCAAG